GUGAGCAGCGCGGUCUUGUUUUCACGCGGUCUUGUACACGCGGUUUUUUAUGAUUAACAUGAAAAUAAAAGUCAUUCGAUUUCUAGACGUGAACAUGCUUUCAUUCGUAAUAAAUUUAAGAGGUAAACAGCUACGUUUAUUUCGAAAUUUUUAUUAUCGUUUGAUCAGAGAUUUCCGACUAUUGAACGAUCAACAGCAAAAAGCACCCGAUGGAUUCGGUAAAUUUUUUCCUAAACAAAAACCUCAACAAUCACAAAAACAACAACAACCGAAGACUCAACAACAGCAAUCUGGAGCAGAGAAACCGAAAGAAAUAGAAUUUAAAUUUUCAUUUGGUACUCGACCCGGUGGUGGUGGCGGUGGAUCAAGUGGACCGAGUCCAACCGAUACAAACAUGUGGUCAUUGAUUGGUUUCGCCGCUACUUUCACAUUGUUGAUGGGUUAUUCAUUUUUCAAAAUCCGAUAUCAUGAAAUUACUUGGAAAGAAUUCAUCAAUCAAUAUCUUCGAGGGGGAAUGGUGGAAAAACUUGAAGUUGUUAAUAAAAAAUGGGUCCGAGUGAAAUUUAUGCCUGGAGCACCUGUUUCAUCCAAUACUACACUUUGGUUCAAUAUUGGCAGUGUCGAAACAUUUGAACGAAAUUUAGAGAAUAUUCAACUCGAAAUGAAUAUUGAACCUGCCAAUUUUACGCCUGUUGUUUAUAAAAACGAAAUCGAUAGUUCCCAUGUUAUUUCGUUUUUGCCCACAGCUUUGAUCAUCGGUCUAAUAUUAUGGUCAAUGCGUAGAGCCAGUAAUGUAAUGGGUGGUGCGCGAAAAGGUGGCGGAAUUUUCGGUAUGGGUGAAUCGACUGCCAAAUUGAUAAAUCCGAAAGAUAUUCCUGUAAAAUUCAAAGAUGUGGCUGGUUGUGAAGAGGCUAAAUUGGAAAUAAUGGAAUUUGUUAAUUUUCUUAAAAAUCCAUCACGAUACACCGAAUUAGGUGCUAAAAUUCCAAAAGGCGCACUUCUAACUGGACCACCUGGUACUGGCAAAACUUUGUUGGCCAAAGCAACAGCCGGUGAAGCUAAAGUGCCUUUCAUCACUGUAUCUGGUUCCGAGUUUCUAGAAAUGUUUGUUGGUGUUGGUCCUUCACGUGUUCGAGAUAUGUUUGCAAUGGCACGUAAAAAUGCUCCAUGCAUUUUAUUUAUUGAUGAAAUCGAUGCUGUUGGACGUAAACGUGGUGGCCGUAGUAUAGGUGGUCAUAGUGAACAGGAAAACACAUUAAAUCAAUUAUUAGUCGAAAUGGAUGGUUUCAAUACGGCUUCAAACGUUGUUGUGUUAGCCGCUACUAAUCGUGUAGAUAUCCUUGAUAAAGCAUUGCUAAGGCCUGGUCGUUUUGAUCGACAAAUAUUUGUUCCACCACCAGAUAUCAAAGGUCGAGCUUCAAUUUUCAAAGUUCAUCUAAAACCAUUGAAAACUGAUCUGGAUAAAUCGGAAAUUGCUCGUAAAUUAGCUGCAUUGACACCUGGAUUCACUGGUGCCGAUAUUGCUAAUGUAUGCAAUGAAGCUGCUUUAAUAGCAGCUCGUGAUCUGAGUCAAUCUAUUACAUUCAAAAAUUUUGAAGCCGCAAUUGAACGUGUGGUGGCUGGAUUGGAAAAGAAAACAAAAGUAUUGCAACCAGAAGAGAAAAAAACCGUCGCCUAUCAUGAAGCUGGCCAUGCUGUUUGUGGUUGGUUUUUGGAACAUGCUGAUCCAUUACUCAAAGUAUCCAUCAUACCUCGUGGCAUGGGAUUGGGUUAUGCUCAAUAUUUGCCGAAAGAGCAAUAUCUUUAUACAAAAGAACAAUUAUUGGAUCGAAUGUGUAUGACAUUAGGUGGAAGAGCUUCAGAGCAGAUAUUUUUCAAUCGUAUCACAUCGGGUGCCCAAGAUGAUCUGCAAAAAGUAACGAAAAUUGCCUAUUCACAAAUCGUCCAACUUGGUAUGAGCGAAAAAGUCGGAAAUCUUUCAUUCGAUAUGCCUGACAAAGGUGAAUUAGUCAUUGAUAAGCCAUAUAGCGAAGAAACUGCUCAGAUGAUCGAUCAAGAAGUUAGAGAUUUAGUCAGCAAAGCAUAUCAACGUACAAUCGAUUUAUUAACACAACAUAAAUCUAACGUAGAAAAGGUAGCAAAACGUUUGCUUGAAAAAGAAAUUCUUGAUCGUGAAGAUAUGAUUGAACUUUUGGGUAAACGUCCAUUCAAAGAAAAAUCUACAUAUGAAGAUUUCGUCGAAGGAACAGGCAGUCUUGAAGAAGAUACAACUUUGCCAAAAGGCCUGCAGGAUUGGAAUCAAGAGGAAACAGCAAAAGAAAAACAACCAGAAACAAAAUCAUAGAUUGUAAUAUUUUUUUUUUUAAUUUUAAAGAGCAAAUAUUAUGGAGAUGUAAUUUGUGAGUGAUAUUAAAGGUCAAAAAUUUAAAACGAA